AUGAGAGAAAGCAUACUUCAGGCCUUUUGCAUGUUGGGAGUCACCUUGGGGUUAGGCAUUGGGUUUCUGCUGAGGGCUGUAGUUCCUAUAACUGAACAAUUAAAAAACUGGAUCGGCAUACCAGGGGAUAUGCUUCUGCACAUGCUUCAGAUGUUUAGUCUCCCCCUCAUCGUGACAAGCGUGCUUGCAGGAGUAACUGGAUUAAACAUCAAAGUAUCCCGGAAAACAGCCAUCAUCACAGGAGUCUUCAUCUGUGGCUCUACCCUAAUAGUCGUAAUUCUCGCAAUGUUUCUGGUUUUCUCCAUCCAGCCUGGUGUGGGAGAGAUUGAAGAUCAUAAUGAAGAAGAGGAUGUGUCAGCCUUCAUCUUGCACGUGAUCAUGCAGGAUCUAAUAAGGAACAUGGUUCCAGAGAGCUUCUUUCAGGCUUUCUAUGAGCAGUACAAGACUGAGAUUGUUCAUUUUAAAAGAGAAGAACCUGGCCUCGAACUUGAUCCAAAACUGGUGCAGAAUGGCACUGAGACAAAACUAAUAGGCAAGUAUGUUGAUGGACCCAACAUGUUAGGACUGGUCAUCUGGUCAUUCGUCAUCGGCAUCAUGAUAAACAGGAUUGGAAAGGAGGCAAGAAGCACCGUGGAGGCCAUUCAAUGCCUCAAUGAUGCCAUAAAAGUCAUAGUCAACUGGAUCUUGUGGUACUUGCCAGUGGGAGUUAUGUUCCUGCUCACAGAACAUGUGUUGGGUGUGGGUGACUGGGACGCUGUCCUUAAGCUCGCAAAGUUUGUAGGAGUGGUUUUAGCCGGGCUGGCAAUCCAAGCCUUCAUUGUUUUCCCCAUGAUUUACGUCGUUCUCACCAGACGGAACCCUUUUCUUAUCUUCAAGCAGACCUCUAGGGCUUUGACGACAGCAUUUAUCAUCGCGUCCAGCGCCGCCACUCUGCCUCUCACCUUGCAAUGCUGUGAAGAGAACGUGAAGGUCGAUAAGAAACUCUGCCGCCUUAUGUUGCCCAUUGUCACCAGCAUCAAUAGAACUGGAAUGACGUUCUAUGAAGUGUCCGCUACCAUCUUUAUUGCCCAGCUUCAUGACAUCACGCUGGGUGUCGGCCAGAUAAUCGCCAUUGGCUUGUCUUGUUCCAUUAUCACCUUUGGAACUGCAGGGAUCCCAGCAACAGGAGCUGUGACCACUAUCCUGAUUCUGACCGCUGUAGGACUGCCUGCAGAGCAUGCUGCCAUUCUGAUCGGGGUGGAGUGGAUUCUAGAUCAUUUCAUUACUGUGGUGAAUGUGCUGGUAAAUGUCUUUGGUGUUGCUAUCACCAAUCAUGUGUGGCAUGACGACCUUAUAAGCCUGGAAAAAAUACCAAGCAUUGAAAGGACUCGUUCCAUCAAGGACAUCGAAAUGGACUUAUCCUUUUUCGAUUCUGAUGAAGAGUUCAUUUCCUCCACCCCUUCAUCCUACUCAAGAUCCAUUUCACCUAAGAGAGGGGAUCAUCUCAGAACCGUAGUAACGCCAAGAAACUGAAACCUCUGGAUAGGG